CCGGCCAGGCCGCCGCGGCCGGGUGAGGAGCCCGGGAGGCCGCCGAGGUUGCGUCCGGCGCGCUGGCGAGCGAGCGGCGAUGAGCGGGUCCCUGGGCCGGGCGGCGGCGGCCGUACUCCUGUGGGGGCGCGGCGCGGGCGGCGUCGUGCUGCGGGCUCCCGGCGUGCGGGCGGCGGGCUCGGGCACGGGCGCGGGCGGCGGCGGCCAGGCGGAGCGGCUGGACGGGCUGGUGAAGAAGGACAAGGUGGUGGUCUUCCUCAAGGGGACGCCGGAGCGGCCCCAGUGCGGCUUCAGCAACGCCGUGGUACAGAUCCUGCGGCUGCACGGCGUCCGCGACUACGCGGCCUACAACGUGCUGGACGACCCCGAGCUGCGGCAAGGCAUUAAAGAUUAUUCCAACUGGCCUACCAUCCCACAAGUGUACCUCAAUGGCGAGUUUGUGGGGGGUUGCGACAUCCUUCUGCAGAUGCACCAGAACGGGGACCUGGUGGAAGAACUGAAGAAGCUGGGGAUCCGCUCCGCCCUCCUGGACGAGAAGAAGGACCAGGACUCCAAGUGAGGGCGCCGCCGCCCUGGGGGGCAGAGACUCACUGCCUUUUGGAAAAGCCUUACCACGCCGCCAGCAGGCCAGCUGGGUGUAUUUUUGCCCUUUGCGUGAGAGUGUCCCGUCGUGGACACCAUUCCUUCUGGUGUUGUCUUCUUCGCAUCAGUCACUUGGCAAAGACGCAACAGCCCCCAAUCGUUUUUGUAACUUCUAUGCAGAAAAAUGAUGGACAAAGAAGAGAAUGUGGUAGCUGGGGUGUCCUUUUUAAAAAUAAACGGCCCGCUCAGCA